AUGAACAAAACCGCAAACACGUCUCGCCUUUCACCUUUCCCCUCCAAUAUGACCUUCCGCACCGAGUCCCGCGCAAGCGUCGCCGCCUCCGACACGACGUACUACACUUGCGCCUACCAAAGCUUCCACGACGUAGAGCUCUACGCCCCGAGCUCCCCACCCUCCAAGACCCCCAUUCCCGCCCCGACGUCGGCCCCGAUCCGAGCUCCGGCGCCGGCCCCUUCACACUACCACCACUUCCCAGCACACCCCCAACAACAACAACAACCACAGCGCCAUAAAGACAAGGAGCCCGAACCCACCGAGAUGCGCCGUCAAGAUUCCGGCUACGAGUCCCUUCCCCCGCGGUCCUCCUUCUCCAACCCCCGCCGCGCAUCAACAGCGUCCUCCUCACAGUCAUCCUCCAGCCCGGGUGCUGCUGCUCCCCGCUGCCGCGGCCGCCCGACGGUCCGCCGCGCAGCAAAGACGAGCCCGUACCCCGCAACGACGGCCCGCACCAGUGGAAGCAGCCUCUACCACCCUCAACGCCCUCAUCAGCAGCACGCCCAACCCCCGGCAACUUUCUUCCACUUCCCCGCACACCCAACGGACGUCGAACUCGCCGCCCGUCGGCCCUCACACCGUGGCGGCGGCGGCGGCGUCGAGGACCUCGAGCUCGACCAGCGACAGCUGCUGCUCUCGCCCGGCCACCAGCAGGAGGGGCAGGAGUGCUCCGAGGUGGCGCCUCCGCUGCCGCCGCAGGCCACGCACUACUGGACCAGCGACCGCACGCGGAGGCUCGAGUACGCCGCCAUUGACGCCGCGAGGACGGGCGUCACGGGGUGGAUGAAGAGGCACCUCGUGCCGGACUGCUUCGUGCCCAAGGAGAAGCACGUUGCGUUCGACGACGACACGGGCAGUGUGCGGAGGUACAGGCUCGAGUUGGACGAGGACAUGCCCUGCGAAAAGGGGUGUGCGGGUCGUAGGAGGGGCUGGUUCGGGUGGACUCGCUCCAAGACGGCUUGA